GUUUUACUAAUAAAAUAUUAUUUCUCUUCUUUUCUCUGUCUAAGCACUCAAAGCUCGUUUGCUCUCCCUCUCUCUUUUGAGAUCCCCAAACUUGAAAGGGAACAAGUGUCGUUUGUCUCGAUAGAGAUUCUAGGGUUUUGUUGUGAUGAGAAUCGAAGAAUGAACGAUGCCGGUACUGCGUAGCGGAGCGCGCGGGGUCCGGGCAGCAGCGAAGCAGCAGCAGCCGAGUCCGAUCGAGCAGGGAGAGGCGAUUGCGACGCGGACUAGGAGGCGGCGGGCGGCGGCGGCGGCAGCAGUUCUCCCUAGCAACGACGCCAACAACAUUAACAAUAACGAUAACAAAGACCUUGACAACACCGAUAGAGACAACAACGAUACGCAACAGCAGCAGCCAGUCAAUGAGAACGUAGUGGUCGCAGCGGCAGCGGCAUCGGAGGAAAAGGAGGAUAACAGGAAUUUGGGUGAAGGGUUGAGAGUGGCCGCUGGUGGCGGUGGGGCUAGAAAAGAGGAGAUAGGGGAGAAACCGAUGGAUCAAUUUGAGAGUGGAGGCCGCAGCAACGACAAGGCCAAUGCUGGUGAAGACGAUGGAAACACAGCGUCACUUCCUGAGAAGGUUCAAGUUGGGGGUUCCCCUCUGUACAAAUUAGAAAGGAAGCUGGGAAAGGGUGGAUUUGGACAAGUAUAUGUCGGUCGACGUGUUUCUCCUGCAAAUACAAGUGAGAGAACUGGCGCAGGAGCUUUAGAGGUAGCUUUGAAAUUUGAACAUCGAAGUAGCAAAGGAUGUAACUAUGGACCACCAUACGAGUGGACUGUUUACAACAAUCUUGGUCGGAGUCAUGGUGUACCGCGUGUGCACUACAAGGGUCGCCAAGGUGACUAUUAUAUAAUGGUAAUGGACAUGUUAGGACCAAGCUUGUGGGAUGUUUGGAAUAAUAACGCUCACACGAUGUCCAUUGAAAUGGUUGCAUGCAUUGCCAUUGAAGCGAUAUCUAUAUUGGAGAAGAUGCACUCUCGAGGGUACGUUCAUGGAGAUGUAAAACCUGAGAAUUUUCUGCUUGGUCCUCCAGGAACCCCUGAUGAGAAGAAAUUGUUUCUUGUUGAUCUUGGAUUAGCUACUAAAUGGCGUGAAAGUUCAACUGGCAUGCAUGUUGACUAUGACCAAAGGCCAGAUGUGUUCAGGGGAACAGUGCGAUAUGCUAGUGUACAUGCUCAUUUGGGGCGAACUGGUAGCAGGAGAGAUGAUCUUGAAUCUCUUGCAUACACACUCAUCUUCCUUCUCCGAGGUCGAUUGCCCUGGCAAGGAUACCAAGGAGAGAAUAAAGGUUUCCUUGUUUGUAAAAAAAAGAUGGCAACCUCUCCAGAAGCUUUGUGUUGCUUCUGUCCUCAGCCUUUUAGGCAGUUUGUUGAAUAUGUGGUAAAUUUGAAAUUUGAUGAGGAGCCUAAUUAUGCAAAGUACAUUUCCCUCUUUGAUGGAAUUGUUGGUCCAAAUCCAGAUAUCAGGCCCAUUAACACAGAAGGUGCACAAAAGCUUAUUUAUCAGGUUGGCCAUAAGAGAGGUCGAUUAACUAUGGAGGAUGAAGAAGAUGAACAACCAAAGAAGAAAGUCAGGAUGGGCAUGCCGGCAACUCAGUGGAUCAGUGUCUACAAUGCUCGUAGGCCAAUGAAGCAAAGGUAUCACUAUAAUGUGGCUGAUGUCAGGCUUGGACAGCAUAUUCAGAAAGGAAACGAGGAUGGCUUAUUCAUUAGCAGUGUGGCUUCAUGCCAAAAUCUUUGGGCCCUUAUUAUGGAUGCUGGCACUGGUUUCACUGCACAAGUCUAUGAACUCUCACCCUAUUUUCUACACAAAGAAUGGAUAAUGGCGCAGUGGGAAAAGAACUAUUAUAUCAGUGCCAUUGCUGGAGCUGCUAAUGGGAGCUCCCUUGUAGUUAUGUCAAAGGGUACCCAGUACUUGCAGCAGUCCUACAAAGUUAGUGAUUCAUUUCCUUUCAAGUGGAUUAACAAAAAAUGGCGCGAGGGCUUCUAUGUGACCUCAAUGGCCACUUCAGGGAGUAGAUGGGGAGUCGUUAUGUCUCGUGGCGCAGGAUAUUCCGAUCAGGUUGUGGAACUUGACUUUCUUUAUCCUAGUGAGGGUAUUCAUAAGCGGUGGGAUUCUGGGUUUCGAAUCACUGCAACUGCAGCAACAUGGGACCAGGCUGCAUUUGUUCUUAGCAUGCCGCGAAGAAAACCUCUAGAUGAAACACAAGAGACCCUAAGAACUUCUGCUUUUCCCAGUACACAUGUCAAGGAGAAGUGGUCGAAGAAUCUUUAUAUUGCAUCUAUUUGUUAUGGGCGAACAGUAUCAUGAGGUUUGUUGCCCGUGAUCUUCUUUGAGACCCCUCUUGACAAUAAAAUGAUGGUGGUGUCUCAGCUAUCUUGUUGAGAAGUCGGAAAUCCUUGACCUAAAAUGGUCAUCAACUAGGAUUAGAGAAAUUUUGAAGAAUACAGGCUUUGACUACCUGUAUUCAUGGUAUAUAUAUAUAUAUAUAUAUACAGCAGAAUAUAGGGAAACUGUAAGUUGGUCCGUAUUUGUGUGGAAUCACCCUUAUCUGAUGAUGGGUUGAAAGUUAAUGCUCCAGUCGUUGGGGGUUUGUUGUUUAACUAUGUACAGUAUUGAAGGAGUGAAAUAGGUACUUUGGGGGCUCUUUCUAUUUGUAAGAGCAUUAUGGAUGAUUAUCAAAAACAGGAAUAGGCUUAUUACCCUUUAAAUGGUGUUGGUUGCAGGCAUCUUUUUAUGUUUUUUUGUUUUGUAAAUUUUAUCAUAAAUUGUUUAGGGUAGAGCUCUAAUGAAGAUCACUUUCGCUGA